GACGAGAUCCUGGGCACAUUAGCGGCCAGUAUCACACCCAGAUCUGAGGUUGACAAAGCAUUGAUCUCGAUUGCCCCGAAGAAGGAGUCGAGGCGCAAGAUCCAGGCCCCGAUCCCGACAGUGAGAUCGGAUGAGGAUCUAUAUGUGGCCAGCUUCGACGGAUCCGCCCGUGUCAAGCGAGGGGGAGGCGCCUACAGCGCGAUCCUGUGGAAAUUACCUGAGUAG